AUGCCAUCAGUUAAUGAGAAACAAAACUGUGAUGACACAGUAUUGCCAUUCGAAUUAGCUCUUGGUAAAGAACCAUUGAAUGUUGAUGGCGUUGUUAAUCAGCAAAUGUACCUAUUAUGUGCUCAAGACCGAUAUAUUGAAUGGUUAAAGAUGAUAAGCAAUUAUAAAGAUGAAAAGAUUGUUCCAUUGCCGCCAAUUGGUAUGCAUGUCGAUCCCAUUUCUCAAGAAAUAUGGGAAAAAAAUACUGGUGAACCAUGGAUAUUGGAUAUUACAAAUAAAAAGAGCUUUAUUGUGCAAUGUCCGUGGUGUCGUCAAGAACAGAUAUUUUCAACUUCUGAGUGGGUAAAGAUUAUGCGCACUCCAAAACAUGUCGAAAAAUGCAAGUCUUUUCAAUGUCAUGCUGAUUGGAGUACUGAGACUUUGAGUGCCUACCGGUUCUUAAAAGAUGUUAAUAAUUACAUUGCAGAUAAAACAAAAUUUCUCGGUGGUACUUUAAUCGACUUAACUGGUGAAUAUUCCCCGAAGCUUUUUGAAACCGAAUCCGGUCUAGUUUUUUCUAUAAAGUGGGAUACUUCCAACUCUACAUGCCAUUGGUCAAACAUUCAUAAUAUUAUUGAAGCAAAAAUCAUGUCUAUUGAAUCUACUAGUCAACUUACAGCAACUUUACAGAACUUUGUACGUCGUGUAGUCUCUGCAUAUUCUAGUAUUUCUGCUCCGUUUUCCCUUGACCUCGUUUCUGCUGUUUUACGACAACACACUAUUCCGGAGAAUGUAUGGUAUGAUGGCCUUGCUGAGACAGGACGUUUAUGGGAUAAAGAGUAUAAAGAGAUAUUUGUUGAUCCAAACUAUCCAGAAAGCUGCGCUCAAUCUUCCUGCACUGACG